GAUCCUGUUACAUCCGAUACACUGAUCUAGCUAUGGGGACUCUGGUAGUAGACUCUGUACAUCUUUACGAGAAGGAAAACGCCAAGCAACAUCACACGGACAAGUACGAGGCUGUACACAACUCUCCUCCAACACCCAUCCUGCGACGAGGACAGACGUUCUACCUGGUGGUCAGGUUCAGGAACAGAGGAUACCAGGAGUUCAAUGACAUCGUCAAACUCAUCUUCAGCUACGGAGACAGGCCCAGUGGACUGCAAGGUACCCGAGGUGUGGUCUCCCUUAGUCAAAGAGAGAUAUACACAGGAGACACCAGCAGAUGGGAUGUCAAAGUGACAGGCAGUGAGAGUGACACACUCUCUUUGGAGGUGCUCAGCCCAGUGAAUGCUCCUGUAGGAGUCUGGACCUUGGAAGUACAAACAUCAACUAAUCAUUCUCAGAGUGAUGUAUUCCUGGUUUAUAAACAUCCUGAUAACAUCUUCCUCCUCUUCAACCCUUGGAACAAAAAUGACGCAGUGUACAUGCCAGAGACCCAGCUCUUGGAUGAGUAUGUGUUGAACGACGUAGGCAAAAUCUGGGUUGGUCCGAUGUCCACAUCCAAGGGCAGGGAGUGGGUGUUCGGGCAGUUUGAUGCGGUUGUGCUCCCAGCGGCCAUGUUGGUACUGGAGCGGACAGGUCUGUCGGGUCUGGCUCUGGGUGACCCGGUCAGGCUGACCCGGGCCUUCUCUAAACUGAUCAACAGCAAUGAUGAGGACCUUGGUGUGAUAUUCGGUCGCUGGGACGGGCAGUAUGAGGAUGGCACUUCCCCCUCUGCAUGGACAGGCUCUGUUUCUAUACUAGAGCAGUAUCUCACAACUAGAAAGGAAGUCAAGUAUGGCCAAUGUUGGGUGUUUGCAGGGGUUUUGACCACUGUCUGUAGAGCGCUGGGUAUCCCGUCCAGGGUAGUCAGUAACCUUGUGUCGGCUCAUGACGCCAACGACUCUCUAACCAUCGACCGAUACUACUCUCCUGACAAUGAGGAGAUACCGUUCGAUCCUCGCAAUCCUAUGGGAGAAGACUCCAUCUGGAACUACCAUGUAUGGAGUGAUGUUUAGAUGUCCAGACCAGAUCUUCCUUCUGGUUACGGUGGAUGGCAAGCAGUGGACGCUACACCCCAAGAGACUAGUGAUGGUUUCUACCAGUGUGGACCUGCCUCAGUGGAGGCUGUUCGUAAGGGAGAGGUAGGUCUCAAGUACGACGUAGGCUUCAUGGUGUCAUCUGUGAACGCAGACCUCGUCCGAUGGAAGGAGGACCCCAACGCUGAAGACGGCUUUUCUAAAAUUGACUGCAACAAAUACCAUAUUGGAAGAAUGCUGCUCACCAAACAUCCAUUUGUAUUUGACCCCAACGGAGACACUGAUAAAGAAGAUAUAACAGAGCAGUACAAGCCAUCAGAAGGCAGUAAAGAUGAAAGAGCUGCCUUCUACCUGGCAGCACAAGGGACUCAUCGAGCCAAGAGGUUUCUUGAUGUGCCUGACGCAGCGUCUUCUCCUGUGUCCUUUGAGCUGCAGGAACUUGACAAGAUCAAUAUUGGAGAGAACUUCGUCAUUGCUGUUAAUAUCAAGAAUGACAGCGAUGAGGUAAGAACAAUCCAAGCAUCACUGUCUGCCAACUCCAUGUACUACAACGGAGUCAAAGCCAACUUGAUCAAGAAGGCAUCAGGGGUGUUCACUAUGCAGCCAAAAUCUAGUGAGUUCUUGCGACUUACGGUCAAAGCUGACGAGUAUUUGGACAAACUGGUAGAGUACUGCAUCAUCAAGUUCUACACAAUAGCUACGGUGAUGGAGACUAAACAGACAUGGGCUGGCGAGGAUGACUUCCAAGUCAUCAAACCUUCCUUGCAGAUCAUUGUGAAUCCCGAACUUUCAAUGGGACUUCCUGCCAGAAUUGUCUAUCAGUUCAAGAAUCCUCUGAAGAGAAAGCUGACCAACUGCAAGUUCUCCUACGAAGGACCAGGAUUGUGCAAAGCUCAAAAAGUUCCCUACAGGGAUAUUGGAGCCGAGGCAGAAGCUAGGUUGGAGAUUGUUUUCACUCCAAUUUUUCCUGGACCCCAUAAACUUGUGGCUACUUUCGACUCCACGGAGCUCAAAGACAUCACUGGCUCCGUCCACGUGGACGUCCUCGAGGAGUGAUAUCCAUGCAGAGCAAAAAAAUUUAUCAAUGUUUGUUAUUUUCAAGUUUAGAACUAUUUACCUCAUACAAAUAGGAAAAAUUUUUAUAGUUUGUCAAACUAAUGUUGAAAUGUGGUUCUUGAUAUCAAAAUAAGGGCGUUUGUGAGCCCUAUAGGAGAUUUAAGAGUGUUUUAUACAAUAUUUUGCCUCGAUGUUUUUUUCUUGACAUUUGUGCUUGAUGUGAGUAAUCAUUGAUUACCUGUUGUAGUGUGUGAUUUAAAUUGGAAUAAAGUUUAUAUUUUGUGUGUGUUUGUUUGAUAACGUUUGAUGCGUAAAAAAAAGUAAAUAU